UAUGUCAAUGAACAGGAACCAGGAAUGUUUAUGUCAAAAGUGUAGACUGUAGUUUGUUGGGAGGGUUUUAUGGUUUGCCUCAGUAUUCGUACAUAAUUUCCUGUUUUCCCAGGUGAAUAUGGUAUUAAAAUCGCAUAAAAGCUGUUGGACUAGAGCCGAGUAACAUUUGGGAGCGCCUAUGUUCAGCUAAAGCGUCAAAAAUGGCCUCUGGCGAUACCUUAGAAUUAGAGACCAUCCAAGUCCUAAGCUCCAAUCAGGCCUUGGAUAUGAAUAACACAAAAGAAGCCUCCGGUAUUUAUGAGUCCGGGGGGGCGGGCGAGGCAGACGACAAGGAUAAUAUAUCUGUGCUCAACAAAAGCCUUCAAGAUGCUGGUGACAAAACUCUUUCAAAUGCGGCAAGAUCAAAAGCCGAAAAGGAAAAGGACAGGGAGAGAAAGAUCGGACAUCGAAGGGUUGGAGUGGGUGGCGAGAUUACUUACAAGAAGAUCCAGACCACCCAGAUCAUGGGAUCCAUUCAACUGGGGAUUCAACAUGCAGUGGGCGGUCUGGCCUCCAAACCCGAAAGAGAUCUGCUCAUGCAAGAUUUUAUGACCGUCGAGACGACGAACUUUCCGAACGAGGGGUCAAAUCACACUCCGGCCCACCAUUUUUCCGAUUUUAAAUAUAAAAACUAUGCCCCGAUAGCAUUUAGGUACUUUAGGGAUCUAUUUGGUAUACAACCAGACGAUUUUCUGAUGUCAAUGUGCGAUUCUCCUUUAAGAGAAUUAUCGAACCCUGGAGCCAGCGGGUCCAUAUUUUAUUUGACUGAAGAUGAUGAAUUUAUUAUUAAGACUGUACAGCAUAAGGAGGGGGAGUUUCUUCAAAAAUUGUUACCAGGUUACUAUAUGAACUUAAACCAAAAUCCUAGGACCCUAUUACCAAAGUUCUUCGGUUUGUAUUGCUACCAGUGCAACAGCAAAAAUGUCCGUUUGGUCAUCAUGAACAAUUUGCUUCCUAGCAACGUUGCGAUGCACCAAAAGUACGAUUUGAAAGGCAGCACCUAUAAAAGAAAGGCAUCUAAAGCCGAGAGACAGAAGAGGUCGCCGACUUAUAAAGACUUGGACUUUAUGGAACAUCAUAAGGAGGGCAUUUUCAUGGAAUCGGACACGUAUAAUGCCUUAAUGAAAACGAUACAACGAGACUGUAGGGUGUUGGAAAGUUUUAAAAUUAUGGAUUACAGCUUACUGUUGGCCAUACACAAUUUAGAUCAAGCACAAAAAGAAAAAAUGAAGAAAUCUCAGACGAACCUCGAGCACGUGCCGCAGGACGGUGACGUGGGUCCGAGCUCGCUCCUCCUCCAAGAGGAGAGAGAGAGGGAGAGGGAGGACAGGAUAGGAGCGGCAGCUUUAAAUAGGAGCAGAUCGAUUAAUCGGCAGCGUUUAGUGGCUCACUCUACCGCCAUGGAGAGUAUACAGGCCGAGUCUGAACCGAUCGACGAGGACGACGAUACACCACCGGGAGGAAUACCAGCAAGAAACGAUAAAGGAGAGAGACUGCUUUUAUUUAUAGGUAUUAUCGAUAUUUUACAAAGUUACCGGCUAAAGAAAAAGUUGGAGCAUACUUGGAAGUCUAUGAUCCACGAUGGGGACACCGUUUCGGUUCACAGACCAAGUUUUUAUGCUCAUCGUUUUCAAAAAUUCAUGGCCGAAAAGGUGUUUAAGAAGAUUCCCUCUCUGGACAUGCCUGAAAUUAAGGGCAACCAUCGCAAAUUCCGCACACUGGUUACGAGCUACAUAGCUCUAAAACAUUCACCGUCGAAACGAAAAUCGUUAUCGAAGCCGCUCAGGCACGAGGAACUUUUAGAAAAUACAAACUCACAAGCUCAAGCUGUUCAUCAACAAAAUGGAGCGAAAGCUGUCAGUCCAACUGAAGUCACCACCACAACCACAAAAUCGGCCCCGCCCUCUUCCACCCAUCACCACCACCACCACCAUCAACCGCCCCAGACGAUCACCGCCUCCACCACCCCCGGUACGGUAAUAACCGCCACGUCCCCGCCAAAUUCUUCCGCCCCUCUGACAUCCCCGCCUGCGAUUUUCCCCGCGGUGUUGGUGGGGCCGAAGCAGAAGGUCCCGCCGCCCGUCCCACCCCGGGGAACCCCCAAAAAUAAGCAACGGGUCGAUCUUAAUGGAAAAGGUGUAGUGCCGAGCUGCUGCAGUACCCCGCCGCCCAUGUACGAGGGUCUGGAUAGAAGCGAGGCGGGUUCUACUUCGGGUUCCGUUUCCGGACACGCUUCUUCCGCCAGAGGGUCCAGACAUCAUCAUGGACACCAUCACCACCACCAUCAUGUGGUCAUGAAGAAUUAUAAAGAUGAUUCUGUCAGUAUAACGGACAUAAAGUUGAUGGAGUCCCGGGCGGAGACGAAGUCCUCGUUGAGCGUGGAGUCGUCGGGAGGAAGUUCGAGCGGCGCCGGUCACUCUUCCUCAUCGCGCACGGGUCUCGCCUGGACCCCGCCCACCUCCGUCGAGGGAUCGACGCCCACCUGGACCGAAGGUACACCAUCAUUUACCGAAUCGUCAAGUAGCGGGGAUAUGGGCUGUCCCACGACGCCUCUAAGGCAAGGCACUGGAUCGUCCAGCAAACACCAUAAGAAAACUGUGGAGCACGCCAUCAAUUGCCUUACAACAGAAAUGAAAUGUGACGUUCGUCUACUGUGUAACAAAAAAGUGGCGAAUAUCCGAGAAGCGAGAAGAGGACAGGGCGGAUCGAGCGUGCGCGACGUUGCCGCGCGUACCGCUUUAGCGUUAUUCCUACUGAUUUUGGGGGUGUGUUUCGAGGUUCUCCUCGAGACACUCCUGCCCUAAAGGGGAUGUUUACCAGAUUUUUGUUAUGCAGUAACUUAAGAAUUAUUACGAUUAGAAAAAUAUGUCAAGGAUGUGGCAAUAACUUGUAGAAUUUAAGUGACGGUUAUUCGAUCUUAGUCAAUAAGGUGUAUUUAUUUAUUUUUUUUAAACUAAAGUUUUUUAACGGUUGAGAGUUUUGUUAUUAAUGCUAUGACAGGAUGUUUUAAAAUGUUAUUUUUUUUGUGGUUUUUAGUAAUUUGAAUAAUUGUGGUAAAACACUAGUAAAUACUAUAGAUUUUUAAAAGUUAUAAUAAUAAACUAAGCAUUUUUUAGACUCUUGAUAUAAAAUAUUAUUAAAUUUACCUUAGUGUCCAGUAAAUCAUUAAAAGCUCAAUUUUAUUUUUUUACAAAAGAUUUUAUUAAAAAAAAAUAAAUAUGGCAACAUAGCAUAAGACUCUGAACUGCAUUAAAAGCACUCUUAUCAGUUCGAGUUUGACAGGAGUUAGUGAUUUUUUACAUGUGACCCCUCUAUUUGUGGUUCAUCCGAUAGAAAAUUCAAGAGUGGAAUGACUUAUUUGAAAAACAAACUUCCAUAGAAAACUCACUUUCUUUUUUCAAUUUAUAAAUUGGCGAAUGCGCCGAGCAUAUUUCAAAUCCCUUAACCCGACGAUAAGGUUUUUUUUUUAAAAUGGGGAGGAUUUAUUGUCAUUUCCAUAUAUGGUUUUUAUAUACGACAAGUGUAAAUAUCAAUACUUAGUAUUAUUUUUUUUAUUAGAAUUACAGAAAUCAAUACCAUAAGCCUCUUUCUCUUUUUUAUACUGUAUAUUGAAGAACUUUUCUUUGUUUUCUUCUGCUGAAGCGUUCAGUUUUAUUCGUACCAAUUCUUAAGAAAAUUCAUGUAAUUUUCAAUUUCCUGCUCUGCAAAGCACACAUUUUUCCAAAUCACACUACAAAACCAAUAACGAGAAAAAAAUAGGUUAACAAGAAGUUAAAAAAAUAUACUAUAGUAUAUUUUUAUUUAGACUAAUAGCUGCAUUGUUUUCAAAAUAUUGCUUGUAUUAUGCAUACAUAUCAAAACGAAGUUACAUUCCUUUUUCCUCCUAUAAAAUUUUAACAAAACAUGAUCCCCAAUUGAUGGAUUUUCAAAACUUUCUAGAUCACAAAACUCAUUUUUUCCAAAAAGGUCAACAUCAGCAGAACUACUACCACUUCCUUCCUCGUCCUCUGAUAAUGUUUCUGGUUUACUCGUUUUUUUGUUUGUAUUAAUUUUCUGCAUUUGGUCUCUUUUUAAUUUUCUCUGUUCUUUUUCUUCCUCUUUUUUUCUUUUUUCACUUUCCUUUUUCCAGCUGUAAUAUUUCCAUGCUUGUGGGUAAUAACAGAUGGUAUUUUUUCCUUACACUUCUUCUUCUUAGUUGAUGUGGAUGCCUCUGGCCAAAAAAUGACUUUUUUAAAAGGAGUGGGCAAUUUUUUUAAAGCAUAUUUUUUACUCAUGCCGUCUGAGUUUUUGCUGAUGGUUUUCCUGAUGCUCUUUUAUAUUUUCCUUAAUUGACGUCUGCUCAUUUUCCCUUUGAGACUCAUAAUUUGAAAUAGAGGGUUUUUAUUUUGUAGCAGUCCUUUCGUUAAUUUCUGAUUUAUUGUUUUCUUUAUUCUUCUCAGACAGUUCUAUCUUCAAACCUUUCCAAAUGUUAUCUCAAAUGAGGUGUUUUGACUCCAAUGUUGGCCCUUUUUUUAAAAGCAAACUUCAAACAUUUCCAUAGUUUCCUUAGAAAUACGCGCCUGUAAGUUUUUUAUGAACUCUUUUAAAUUAAUCUGUUCGUUAAUUUUAUUAUGGAAAUGUGUAGUUGGUGUUACCAAUGGCGGAGCACUUUUUCCCAAUUUUACAUUUACAUACAAAACAAGAUCAUUGUAGAUGAAAUAAAAGAGAAACAAUGAAACAUACAAGUUAAAGAGUCAAGGCAACAAAUUUCUUAAACGUCUGCAAAAUACUCCUCCACACUAUAAUAUGCUCUAGUUUGCAACAUUAUCUUCACCUUUCUAAAUAAUUUAUAAGAGCAAUCUUCCAAAGUGACUGUGGAAGGUGGUUAAAUAUUUUUUUACCAUUAUAAAUAAUAGAAUUUUGGGUUAAGGUGGUGAGGGUAUUAGUAAAUAAGUUUCGAUGUAACAAAAAAUGGAAACUCGAAAAAUUCAUCCAUUAUCCCAAAGAUGCUGGUCAUACACUUUUAUAAAAGGUAAAAACACGACAUCUACAGCAUCACAAAUACAUUUAAAAAAAAAUGUAUUUCUAAAUUUUAUUAAAAAAAAAUCAAAGUUAAAAAACAAAACGAAUGACUUUACUCUGCGGCGGUACAAUCAAUUCUAUAAACUAUAUUAAGCUUAAUUUAUAAAUAUACCAAAACUGCAGCAUAUAACAAUUUUAAGACCGCGAGAUAACGAUUAUCAGAACUGUGAUUCGGCUUCGCUGGUGGUCGCAUGACGUAACAAAUAUAUGUUAAGAACUGUGCGAAUAUAACAGUUCCGACAAAGAAAAUUGUCGGAAGAGUAAGAAUUUUUUCUUUAAUAAAAUAUGGUUAUAGUCCUGCACUCCCUAAAGUUAAGUCAACACAAAUGUCUUAGCGCUCGCUUCUGCAAAACGAACAACGAGUCAAGCAAGUAAGCAGGAGCAUUGCCCCAAAAAGAGUCAAUAAGUUCAUAACAAGCCUCUUUGGCUACUGUCAUAUUUCAAUUACUCCGAACUGUUCUGAUUACAUGCCAACAUAUAGCAUAGAUGUUCAAUUUAUUUAUUAAACCUUAACCUUUUGUCAAUAACCAAGCCUGAAAAUUUAUUAAAAACGGUCACUGUAAUAUUCUGUUAUACCCAUGCAGACAUUAUUUAUAUCACAUUUUAAAUUUAAAAUAUGGGUCUUUAAACCAUUAACUGAUAAAGAGUUACCGUCACACCAUGUUUUAACCCUGGCCAAAUCAUGGUUAAUUAUUUUGCCAAGAUAGUGGGAAUCAGUGCCACUCCACAGAAGAACAGUGUCAUCAGCAAAAGAUGUACACUGGCUAAGUUUCAACACCGAAGGCAUUAUAUUAUCAUAUUUCUUAUGUAAAUAUAGUCAUUUACAUAAAAAAUAAAAUUACCGAGCCGUGAGGCACUCCUGCUGCAACACUCAAUUCCUCUAACUCACAAUGAGCAAAACGAACCCUCUGACAUCUACCUGAUAAAAAUGAGCCCAACCAUUUUAAUAUUGGGGCCCCUGAAGUUAUAAAAUUCAAGUUUUCGCAGUAUUUUUCUGUGUGAGACGCAAUCAAUGGCUUUUGCCAGAUCACAAAACACCACUACCGCUCGGUCACCAUUGUUAAGGCUUAAGCAUAUGAAAAAGAGUAUCAUCAGUAUUUUUUGAAAAUUGAAAACAUAACUGACACCUAUUUAUUAUAUUAUUACACGGCAGAAAAUCAAUUAUCCUUUUCUUAAGUAGUAUUUCUGUAACUUUAGGUAAUGGUAGCAAAGAUAUUGGUCUAUUUUUUUUCUUUCUGGAAUGGCUCUGGGAUUCCAAAUGACCAGCAUCAUUUUUUUAAUUUGGUUUUUAAUAUUUACCGCGCAGGUAAAAUUCUUUCUAUAAUUACUUUUAUGAUCUCUUUUAGAAUAAGUUUCAUCUUCUCACGCCUUGCUCCAUCUAAAAUACUGUAUAAAUACUUAUUAUUAGGAGAUUACAUUACAUCGAAUACAGGUUUUUUUUGCUUUGCAUUUUUUAGGUAUUUUUAAAUUUUUUCUGUGCACUUUGCAUAUUAGUCUAUAAUCAGCUGCAAUUUGAUCCCCUUGUCUAAAAAUUGGAAUCACUACUGCUCGUUUUGACAGGUCUGGAAAUUCACCUCUUAAAACUGAUGUGUUUAUGCAAUGUGUCAGGGCAGAUAAAGCUGGUUGAGAAAAAUUAGCUAAAACUCUAAUUGAAAUGUCAUCCCAACCUGCAGAGUCCCUAUUUAUAAUUUCUCUUAAAACAUCCACCUUAGAACAUUGAAAGGCUAGUAUUAGCAUUACCGUGGAACUAUGAGCAGUUUGUUUGCUUGUAAUAUCUCUGAUGAAAUGAUGCCAAAUGCUUAUGUAGAAAUGGCAAAAAAAACACACUUUAUAAUAUCAUAAAAAUUUGUCACUUAUUUGAACAGGCGCAAAAUAAUACUAUUCCUCUUUAAUAAAAUAUGAAGCAUUUUUUUCAUAACAUAUGAUAAGAUACUCUAUAAAGAAGCCAACAUUCAAGAUUAAAUGAAUGUAGAUAACAUCCCUAUAUUAGAGAAAAAGGCAAAAACAUCGCAAUGCUGAUCGCAUUGUUGAUUCCACCGACAGAAGUAAUAUUUACCAGUGACGUCGUCAAAAAAUAUUUUACACCGAGUAAAAAAUAAUUACAUUAUAAAAGAUAAAUCUAAACUAAAGAUAAAGCUAGUCUUUGGUGAGUUUUACCAUGGCUAAACAAUCCUAUGCGAGAUUUGCAAAUCCGGCCACAAACAUCACACGGAAAUUCCUGCAGAGCCGGUCUUUGGGUUCUUCUAGUCGGUUGAGGAGCAACGGACGUUGCUCUUCUCCAUUGGGCACGAUUGUUGACUAUCUCUUCCCAGUUGUUUUCAAUUCCCAAUAGCUUUAAAUCAUCGUGGACGACAUCUUUGAAGCGUUUGUAUUGCACCUUCUGUUAGUUCUCCAUACAAAAGAGAUUUUGGUAAGCGCCGUUCGUCCAUUCUGUAUACAAGACCCAGCCAUCUCAUUCUUGCCCUUCGUACCAUAGUGUCAAUAUUUAUACAGUUUGAUCUUUGCAAAACCUCAUUAUUAGAAACUUUAUGAAACCAUCUGAUUCUCAUCAUUUGUCGCAGUUGCCGUUGCUGAAAUUGUUCAAGAGCCUUUAUAUGUCGUCUGUAUGGGAAUCAUGAUUCGCAGCCAUAUAAUAGCGUUGGUACAAUUAUUGCUCUAUAUUUGCCGUUUUUAUUCUACGUUUAUGUCAACGGUUGUCCUUUGAUAUGAUGUUAUGUUAAUAUCGGUUUUCACUUGUGAAAAGAUCGGCCUAAAUCGCAUUUUUCCCAUGGUGCAGCACAAACGGAACCAUUCACAAAAACACUGAAAUGACUCAACUUUUUUCUUUUUUAACCAAAAACUAAAAAAAAAAUCUCUGAACAUCAGAAAUGCCGAAUUUAAACACAAAGCCGUUUGUCAAGAUGACAUUUUGCAAUAUAUAUGCAUUGUUAAUAAUUUUUUUUGCUUUGAAGGUGUUAUUAUUGCGCCUAGAAUAACAUAUACCUAUUUCUACUUUUUAUUUUUAAUAAGAAAUGUAACAUCAAUAUAUAGCUGAAAUUUUCCUUUUUGAAAAUGUGUGUAAACUUGACAACAGAGAAUCAAUGAAUAUGUUUGUAAACAAACCACCCUCCUUGCCCCUGUGCACAUGUUGAAUUCAAACAAAGUUGUUGUUUACUAAUUCUAGCCUUUCAAUGUUCUAAGAGACACACAAUAUCUUUAGCCAUUACUGGUGUAUAAAAAAAAUAAUUCCCAUACGAUCCCUGCAUAAAGGAUAUAUAAGUCGAUAUAGCGGAAUCUAUCAUACAGAAAAAAAUCUCUUUUUUUUUAAAUAAGAGAACAUUCCAAUCCCAGUAUUUGACAAACCAAAUCAAAGCCCAAAAACUAUUCAAGGUUAUCUUUUAUGUAUUUUUACAUGAUUCUACAGUGUAUUCGCAAAAAAGGUAUUCAUAUAUUAACAAAUAUAAACACAUGAAGAUUCAGUAUUUACUACUUACGUUUUCAGCUUCUAAUUGUUUGGUUUAACAAAAAUUGCACUUUUUUUUGCUUGCGUUGUCACGAUGAAAUCGGCUAUUUUGUUAAUAAACAUCAAUGAGAAUGCGUGUGUACGUUUGACUACAGGAUUUAAUGAUUAUUUAAUUAGGCGGGAAUUUCAAAUAUUGCUUUUAAAUUUUUCUUGGGUAAAAAAAAUAAUCUAUAUAAGAUUUUUUUUUCUGGUUUAGUUUACCUUACUUCGUUUUUUACGUCGCUCUAAAGUGGUUCGAGGGACACCAAAACUUCUUGUUGUUCGUAAACACCCCAUCUCACCAUUGACUACCAAUUCUAUAGUUUCCGAACUACAGCUUUGCCUAUUGGCUUUUCUUUUGUACUUAAACACCAUCUCUAUAUAACAAAAAUAUUAUUUUAUUACUAAAGAAUAAUAAAACCUAAGGUAGAACAAAACGAGGUGCAACAAGUAGGUACCUACCCCAUUUUACUGGUAAUAUUUCAAGUUAUGUUGUUUACUUUCACAAUCCAAGUUUUUUCGUAAUAGAAACAUUAAAAAAAAUAUUAGAAAGAGGUCUACUCAUGUCAAAUAUUUGUACUAAUAAUAAUGCAUUAACGUACUUGCAUUGAAUUAUUUUGAACGCUAUAAAUUACAUCAUGAUAUGCCAAAUAGCAACAACCACGCGUUGCAAGAGUAUGUAUGUAGACUGUCUGUCGGUCAAAAUUCCCGUUUUAGGUGCCUACUACCCUGUUUUGCCUACCACAUGCCCUAUGCCCAUUGCCCUAUGAUACCAAAAAAUAAAGAAAAGCAGGAAUUACGUUGAAAAUUACAAGAAUCUAAAUAUAUUUCAUUUAACGCUUAGUCGUUUUAAAAUCCUCAUAAGUCGCUUAUUGCUAUCUUUAUCCUCUAUUUAUUUCUUACGUAAGCAGUUUACUUUACCUACUACCAUUCGUCAUAUCAUUACUGUUGUUUACAUUUCUCGAAUAUUGCUUCAUUAUUUGGACCUAAGAUGUCGCCCAUCCGCCCUUUUGAAACUGUCAGUUUUAUGUAAAAAAUAUUUUACCUAAGUCUAUAAGAGGCACAGCAAAUUUGAUAAAAAAAGAGCAUUUUUGCGCCCUAUAAUGAUGCGAUAUUAGUAUCAACCAUGUUGCCAAAUUUAAUACCUAUUUUUUGAAUAAUUAUUUUUUAUACUGGUCAGCUAACUUUCUUAUUUUAAUCCCCCUGUACAUUUCAAACUAACUAUAAAUAACUGAAUAAUAACAAUAAAACAUCCUGUAUCUCCUAAAUAUUUACCGGAUAAUUCAUGCAUUUCCCCAAAAAAAAAAUUUUGGGCCCUUAGAUAGGAUAUGAAAAAUGUUUUCCAAUUUCUAAAUGUAAAAAUUGCGAUAUACGGGGAGGGAGGAAGGAACACAUCAUAUAACUUGAAAAAAAUCAACCGCCUCCCACCUUCUCUCCUGUAUAUUUGUUCAUAAAUAACCUAUUGUUAAAAAGUUGUAAAUGUUUUUUGUAGUUGGUAGGAAUAAAUUAUUAUUGUAAAUGCCUAUUGACGUAGUGAGACUGAAAUUCUUCAAAAAAAUUGUAAAAAUGUGGAUUUUCCUCUCACAGUAUGCGUCGCUUAAACAACCAUAUGGUUUCUUUUUUAUAUUACGUAAGGCAAUUGUUAUGUAUAUAUAUGAUGGAUAUUAGGCAAAUUUUUAAAAUAAAAACUAUAUUGCUCCGCUUCAUAGCUUUGGAAAUAUAAACGUUUUGAUUCAAUGUUCUUUUCUUGUAAUUUCUUUGCACCACCCUUAUUUCGUUAGUUGGUAGAACUGAAAUUUUAACCAUAUUAUGUUUAUUUUUAGACCCAUUUGUGAGGGGAUGAGUGAAGACGGCCGGUGUUACAUUCUUUAUACAUUCGAGUUACCCCAUAUGUUCCAAAGUUUUUUCACCUUUUUUAUAAUUUAAUUUUUUAAGUGCAAAAAAACGUAUUAUUUUUUAUGUACCUACUAACUAAUUUACCUUUUUUACUAAGUUACUCUGUGAUAGGAAAGUACCUUUUUAAUAUAUUUUUUUGAAUAUAUUUUAAAUUAGGUGCUGCUGAAGCAUUAUGAUGGAAAAUAAAUAAGCGGUUUAAUUACUUCUUUAAUUAAGUAGCAGAAACCACGUUUAUUGAAAGGUUUAAGUUCCAGAAAUUUAUUUUUUGAGAUUAUUUUUUUAGUUUGCUAGGCCUAGGCAUAUGAAUCACGUGUAAUCCAUUAUUAUUAUUUAAACAAUUUAUGCGUUUAUUAUAUUAUAUUUUUGUUUAA